AUAAUAAAUACACAAACACAUGUGGCCUUGCAUGAGGAAGUGCCGGCGUUCCACUGUGGUUUGCUUGAUCGAGAACAAAUUCUGCUGAACACACGUUCUUUAGCUGUGAAAUAGCGGAAAAUGAGCAAAUCGGAGUUACACCCAACAUUCCGAGAGAAGAACGUGUACAGCCUUGACUGUAUAUUUUGUGGAUCCAACGUAUGUCGCCGGGGAAUGAAAGCUGUCCUCCUUGCCGAUACCAGAACAGAAAUGUACUCUACAGAUAUUCCAGAAGAGGAUGCUGUGGAUCUUGUCGAGGGGGGAAUAUUGACCAAUCACUGUGCCUGUAAAAUCAACCAGCUUGCAUGCAUUGCGUGUGGCAAUGAAAUUGGAUACACAGUGUCCCGCCCGUGCAGGAAGUGUUUGAUGUCCUGCAACAAUGGCCAUUUCUGGAUGUACUUCAGCUCAUGUGUCAAUGCCUCACAAAGAGUAAAUAGAGCAGGUGAGGAGCUACUUCUGUGGGGUGACUUACCCAGUGUUGGGGAAGAUGUCAGUGUUAUAUUUGAAACCGAGUGUUUUCGAUGAAUUCCUGCUGAUGGACAAACAACAGACUGUUUUCAACUGCUGCGUCUCAAAGGGCUUUCACUUCAUCCUCCAUCAAUACAAGAUUGUCAUAUGUAUACCUAUCAAUAUGACAGCAUAUUUAUUAGAAUGCAGUAUUAUACUACAGAUCGCGUUGGCAGUAGUCUGUGGAAAAGAAGUUCCAGGUUCUGUGUUCAACAUGAUGGCAACAGUCAGCACCUAUUGUGUUGGACAUGAUGGAUGUCACCAUGGUGAUGCCAAACAAGUUUGCAAUAUGCCUUACUUCUACUGUAACUGUAAAACACAGGAAGUUUUAAUGAAGACAGUAUGUCCAAAUAGCAUUUGACAAAUAGCAACAUGAUUGUGACUGAUGUUCUUAUUGAUAUGUUGACAGUUGGUAUUUAUACCCUUGUUCAAGACGUAUUUAGUAGAUAAAGUGUUUACAGGGAAGGGCAUUGAUGUGUUCAGCUGCAACUGAUACCUGUGAAAAUGUAUUCAGGUCAGCCGCACACCAAAAACCAGUUCACAAAACUGUGAUUAUUCAUGUAUAACUUUAUUGCAGUUUAUAUAUUUUGUUAUUUACAUUGUUAUCACAACUCAGUAAACAAAUAAAAUCAUUAACAAGUA